AACCAAACCCCCCCCCCCAACUCGGCAAUCCAGCCAUCGAUCACUUACUUUCACUGUAAGUACGGAGUACUGUAAGUGACAUGCAAUCGAUGCAUAAUGCGUCCCCUUCUCUCGCAUUAGUUAGUGUACAGUUGCCCUCCGUCUCAGUCAGUCAGUCAAGUCACCUGGGGAAAACAUUCCGCCUUGGGAAGAACAAACAACAAAUUCGGGAAGGGGGGGCAGUGUUGACUGUCCAACCCGACAUGCCACACCUUUUAUGCGAAGUAGGGAUCGACAACCUGAACCCCUCUCCCAUACCAGUCGUACCUGUUUGCGGAGAUGUCAUGAAUGCAUGAAAUGAAAUUGAAAUUGAAAUUGAAAUUGAAUCAACGUAUGGCUGCUGGCUGCCUUGUGCUUGCUUACAGUAUGUAACUAUUGACUAACAAAACGAUUACUUAAAUUUUACUUAUAUCCUAAACUUAGUAUGU